AGGAAGACAUUUCUGUGGUGGAUCACUGGUGAAAGAAGAUUGGGUCCUGACAGCCAAGCAGUGUUUCCUCUCUCGGCAUAAUCUCAAAGACUAUCAGGCUUGGCUCGGCAUCCAUAAUGUGGAAAGAGCUCAUGAAGAAAAGCAUAAGCAAGUCCUGAAUAUUUCCCAGCUGGUCUACGGGCCUGAAGGAUCAGAUAUAGUUUUACUGAAACUUUCCAGACCUGCAGUAAGCAAUAAUGCUGUGGCUAUUAUCCGCCUGCCCAUUUCUGGUUGCACCAUUCCAGAUGGGACCACGUGCAGCGUUUACGGAUGGGGACACACAGGAACAAGGAAUUUUGACGGGCAACUUCAGGAAGCAAAUAUGAUCAUUAUGGGGAAUGAACGCUGCAGUCAAGAUUUUGGAGGAAACGUCGUUCUGAAGGAAUCAGAAAUGUGUGCGCGAGCCGAGAGCAUCGGCAGUGGAACUUGUGAGCGGGAUUACGGUGGCCCACUGGUCUGCGAACAGAAUAGAAUCAAGAUCGUAACGGGAGUGAUUAUUCCCGGACGAGGAUGUGCGGUUCCCAAACGGCCCGGGAUAUUCGUCAAGGUGGCUUACUACUCCAAAUGGAUACACAAGAUCUUAAUGACAUACAGGUCGUAGCUGAAGAACCCUACCAAGGAGGGAGGAAAAUGCCACUUCUAGGGACACUGGAGGAUAGUGGGAAAUUGCAUUGCGAGUGAGAAAACUUGGACUUUUCUGGUGGGUGGGAGAGGGGAAAUGUUGUCCAUCAAAUAUUAACUUGAUAAUAGUCAAGUUUAACAGAUGUUUGUGGCUCUUCCUGUCCCAUUCUGCCUCUGGCUGCGUUGCGUGGGGUAAGCCAAAUGCCGUGACUUAUUUCCUGAAUAUACUUGAAUAGGAAAGCAAAUCUUCUAACAUGGUGGCUGGAGAAAUACACAUUGUCUACACUUAGCCCAGUUGUUGUUGUUCUUCUAGGCUGCUGUUUAGGAGAGCUUUGUUAACAGGCAUAAACACACACUGACAUUUGCAGUUCCUUUCCUACACCCAGCUCUGAAUUCAUCUUUAAGGCGCCAUGAAAUGUGUGCAUAAGUCGGGGACAAUGUCAUCCCUUACAUUGUUUCAUUGUGUUUUCAUUCCUUUAUCAGUGGCUUUCUGGAUGUGUGACCUGGUUGAGCAACUAAUUCACGUGGUCCAUUCCAUCGUGGUAGGGAAAGCCAUCCCAACAAUGAGGAUGUAGUUUUUCUGGAGGAGUCCAUAAAUGGGUACCAACAUGGGUUGGGUGUUGAUCCAAUAACAGGUUCUACUAGCUCUCUAUGUCCAAGCUUACUCUGAAGGUUAUCUCCUUCUUCACUGAUGCAAUGGCACAUAGAGAUGACGAAUUGGAAGUGGAGUGGAAAAUGACCAACAUCAUCUUAUGUUAUGUUAUGUUAUCUUAUCUUAUCUUAUCUUAUCUUACCUUAUCUUCUUAUCUUAGAUCUUAGA